AUGGAGAGGGCAGAAAGACAAACUCCAAUUAUGGAUUCCGCUCAAUAUGCAGAAUUCUGUGAAAGUCGACAAUUAAGUUUCUCCAAAAAAGCCUCCAAAUUUCGAGACUGGUUGCACUGCAGCUGCAUAAAGAUAAAACCCAAUGUUGUCGCUAUGAAAAUUUUAGCAUAUAUAGCAUUUGAAACUGUGGCGCAGUUAGUGGAUCUGGCCCUUCUCGUGACGCAGGACAUGGUAACCAAGGCAGUAGACACCUUCAGCCAUGCCAUUUCGGCCACCUUCAUUCAGUAUCACAACUCUGCUGAGGGCACUGCAGCCUGUGGUUUUGAGGCUCACAGCAAUACUAUCCAGGUCUGCCACAUCAGAGAGACCAUUCGAGGCUACGGCCACAAGAUUGGACCCCUUUCCCCUUUCCCCAUUCACAAGUGCCUACCACAUGAAUGA